AUGCUGGACCGUAUCCAGGAUAUCGAGAGUUCAGCUCAUGUCAAUUAUCAUGAUUCCGAUGACGGCAAACCAAUUAUCGAGCCACAACUGAAUGUUGGCGGCCAGGGCGCUACCCAGCGUCGUCUCAAGGAUUAUCAUGUUACUAUGAUUGGCUUUUGUUCCGGAAUAGGGACUGGACUUUUCAUUGGAACAGGUUCUGCAUAUGCAAAUGCUGGUCCCGCAGGCUUGCUACUUGCUUACAUUAUCGUUGGAAGUGUGUUGUGGGCUGUGAUGCAAAGUGUUGCGGAGUUGGCUACUAUGAUUCCCACUGCUGGUUCAUUUCCGCAUUUUGCGAGUCGAUUCAUUGAUCCCGCUGUCGGUUUUUCUUUGGCUAUAAGCUAUGGCUAUUGUUACACUAUAUCCAUUGCUGCUGAGUGCUCGGCAUCCGCGAUUCUCGUAGGCUACUGGACUGACAUCUCGCCUGCCGUCGUCAUCACCAUCAGUUUGGUCCUAAUUCUUGGAAUCAACUUGCUGAGUGUGCGCUGGUUUGGCGAAUCCGAGGUCGCUGCAGGCACGAUUAAGAUCGCGUGCUUCCUUGGUCUGAUCUUGGUUUCCAUCGUCAUAACGUCGGGAGGCGCACCAAACCAUAAGACAAUCGGUUUCCGCUAUUGGAACAAUCCUGGACCUUGGGUGAACUACAAUGGUAUCGCCGGAUCAACCGGUCACUUCCUAGGAUUCCUGGCAUCCUUUGUCAACGCAGCGUUCUCCUUCAUCGGCGUCGAGGUGGUGGUUAUCACCGCUGCUGAAAGUAUCAACCCACACGUAGCCAUCCCAAAGUCGGCCAAACGAGUUACAUUCCGUAUCGCGCUGUUCUAUAUUCUGGGAGCUCUUCUCAUUGGAAUUAUCGUCGACCCUAGGGAUCCCGGUCUCGUGUCGGACAGUGGAAAUGCCAAUUCUUCGCCCUGGGUUAUCGCCAUAAAGCAGGCUGGUAUUAGCGUACUUCCUUCAAUUAUCAAUGCCUGCAUUCUGGUAUCUGCUUGGUCAGCAGGCAAUUCUUACUGUUGGGUUGGAUCACGAAUCAUUGUCGCGAUGACAACAGAUUGCCAACUUCCACAAUUUUUUGGCCGCACCUGGAAGAACGGAGUACCAUACUGGGCGGUUCUCGCCUCAUGGGCCUUUGGUCCUCUCGCAUAUCUCAGCCUGGGUUCUGGUGGCGCUGCGAAAGCGUUCGGCUGGCUCGUCAGUCUUAGCACGGUUGCGGGCUUAAUUGCUUGGGCGACAUUAUGUUUCUGCUUUAUCCGCUUUUAUGCUGCUAUGAACGCGCAAGGACUUAGCCGAGAUGGCUUGCCAUGGAAGAGCCCGCUUCAACCUUUCACCGCAUGGUAUGGAUUUAUUGGGUCUACUAUCAUUACCUUAACUACAGGUUUCCCUGUCUUCUUAAAGGGAAACUGGAAUACUGGUGACUUUAUAGCUUCGUAUAUUGGUAUCCCGAUUUUUAUCGUGCCUAUCGUUAUUUGGAAGCUAUGGUACAAAACAAAAUUCGCUCGAGCGAAAACUAUUGACCUGCACUCUGGACGUCUUCAGUGA